GGACAACCUCCUCUGGACACCCGUCUGCGGGAGGACCGCAGUGUGACAAUGCGACUCAGUCCCCAUCCGGCCAUCGGGCACAGCGUGGGCAGGCCAGGUGUCGGGGUGCUGCCUCUCCCCCUGAUGCCAGCCACGUUCCUCCUCCUCUUCCUCGGCCCCACCGGCACCACCUCCGAGCCCGCACUCUUGCCAUUCCCAGAGAUACGGGGCCCCAGCCGCUGCCAGGGGCGAGUGGAGAUCCUCUACAACGGCUCCUGGGGGACAGUCUGCGACGACGACUGGGACAUCGUGGACGCCAACGUGGUGUGUCGCCAGCUGGGCUGCGGCCACGCCAUCACCCUCCCAGCAGCCAUGACCUUCGGCCAAGGCAGCGGACCCAUCUUCCUGGACAACGUGGACUGCAAGGGCUGGGAAGCAGCCUUGAGUGAGUGCUGGAGCCACGGCUGGGGCAUCCACAACUGCUACCACUACGAGGACGUGGCCGUCGUAUGCAACGAGCUCUCACCCACGCCAGCCAGCGAAGGACCGACCAGCAGGACCCUCACGGCCGCGGUACAAGACGGGGAAAGUGACGGCAGCAUCCGGCUGGUGAGCUGGCCCGACAUGUGCCGAGGGCGGGUGGAGAUCUUCUACCGGGGGAACUGGGGCACGGUCUGCGAUGACGACUGGGGGCUGAGCGACGCCAGCGUGGUGUGCCGGCAGGUGGGCUGCGGCCAAGCCCUGGAUUACAAGAGCAACGCUUAUUUCGGCUACGGCACGGGGCCCGCCUGCUACAGCCUCGGCUGGGGGGUCCAUAACUGCGGCCACCACGAGGAUGCCGGCGUCAUCUGUGCAGGGCUGGACACAUCCACCAUCACGUCCUUCACUACCUCGGUGGCCCUGGACUACGAAGAGACACUCACGGCCACGGCCACAG